GGUACCACAAUGAUCAGAAGACUGGUUUCUUUGAUUCUUCUAAGUACACUGUCUGUGACUGAAAUGAAUGAGGUUCCUCAGCCGAUCUCUUUAACUGUGGUUAAACUUGGAGAUAAUGUGACCCUGACAUGUGACCUCUCUGAGCCAGGGUUGUCUUACUGGUAUAAGCUGAAUUAUGGAUAUAUGUUUCAAACAGUUACUGAAGGAAGUUUUGACAAAAUAUUAUUAAAAAUUAACAACUCAAGAUUCAAUGCCACAAAAGUGGGUACUGUGCUUUCUCUUAUUAUAAGAAAUGUAAGCAAAGAAGAUGAAGCAACAUACUUCUGUCAAGCAGGACCAUCAUUCAAUAUGACAUUUAAAAAUGGCACAAUUUUGGCAGUGAAUGAUCCUAAAAUCCAGCAUAAAUUUUUCACAGUAAAACAAACUCCAGAUGUGAAUUCAGUUCAUCUCGGUGAUACAAUGACUCUGCAGUGUUCACUCCUCUCUGAGAACAAAAAUGACACAGAUCAGUGUCCAGAUGAAGAACAAGUGCACUGGUUUAAAGGUGCAUCAGAAUCCCAUCCAGGCAUCAUUUACCACGGCAGUAUCAAAAAUAAAGAGGAUGGGAGAUGUGACUACAGUCUGUCCAAAACUAUAACACACUCAUCUGACGCUGGGACGUACUACUGUGCGGUGGUCACCUGUGGAGAGAUCCUGUUUGGUGAAGGAAGAAAAGUGGACAUAAGACAGAAGUGGGACCCAGUUGUCAUUGUUCUUGGGAUGCUGUUGGCUCUCUGUGUGAUUGUGAUCGUAGUUCUUAUUUUAUCCAGAGACUGAAGAUUUUUCUUGCUUUGCUUUGUUUUCUUAACUUUAGGACAUCUAGGAUCUUUUGAUCGAGAAUAUCAAAGAAACCCUUGUAGACACCAAAGUCUAACCCAAGGGCUGGUUUACUGAAUUUGUACCAGUCACUGUGAAAUUAUUCCUCCUUAUACUAAAUUCAACAUGUUUUAUUAUACAUGAAAACUU